AUCGCAGUAGGCAGAGGUCCUAUGCCUGAACAGCCUGGUGACUCUAGAAGAAUCCGCCUUUAUAGUUUAGAGGGGAAAAAAAACACCAGCAGAAUUACCGUAAAAUUAUCUGGGGAAUAUGAGAAGAUCCACAUGCGCUCGAGGUCGUAAUUGUCGCUGUUGAGAGGGUGGAUUGUUAAAAAGAAAAUGAAUAAAAAGUUCAAGAGUUUGCAGAACCUGGUCGCGGUGCUACUCUUCAUAUCUCUGUCCGUAGGGGUUAAGCAGUCCGAGUCGGCGGCAUGUCAUGGUUGUGGGCCUGGACCAAAGUGUGACUGCAGUGGAGUGAAAGGAGCCAAGGGUGAUAGAGGUUUCCCAGGUCAGACAGGACAUCCGGGUGUUCCAGGAUUCCCCGGACCAGAAGGGCCAAUUGGACCCGAAGGGGAGAAGGGUGAUGAUGGAUUUUCAGGACCACCUGGACCUAAAGGAAUAAGAGGACCUCCAGGACUUCCUGGAUUUGCAGGGACACCAGGACUUCCAGGUCUUCCAGGACUGGAUGGGCCUCCAGGUCCAAAAGGAAUUGCAGGCUGUAACGGAACAAAGGGUGAAAAAGGAAUACCAGGAAUUCCAGGUUUAUCAGGUCUAGAUGGUCGUCCGGGACCAUCUGGUGAGCCAGGACAGAAGGGAGAACCUGGUGAUGUCAAAGUUUUAGAAACCCAUGGAACACCAGGUGGUCCAGGAAGCACUGGUCAGCCAGGCCCCAGAGGAGAUCCAGGACUGCCCGGGUUGCCAGGACCUGUUGGUCCUCAUGGUCCCAGAGGUUAUGAUGGGCCACCAGGUCCGCCUGGUCCACCAGGGCCAAAGGGAAACAUGGGGCUAAACUUCCAAGGGCCUAAAGGAGAGAAGGGUGAAAUUGGCUUGCAGGGACCUCCUGGGCCUCCAGGGCAAGUCGAUCAGUUAAUAGGUACAACAGACGGAGUGGUUCAUCGAGGAGAGAAGGGUGACCGUGGUGGACCUGGACCAACUGGAUCUCCUGGCCCCGCUGGACCACCUGGUCCAUAUGGAGGUCCAAAGGGAGACAAAGGGGAGCCUGGAGAAGCUGGAAAGCGGGGUAAACCUGGUAAAGAUGGGGAGCCUGGUCCUCCUGGACUUCAAGGUGUCAUAGGAGAUCCUGGUGCACCUGGCUUUCCGGGAAAUAUUGGAGAAAGAGGUGAAAAAGGUGAGCGUGGACUACCUGGACCUCCAGGCGUGGUGACAUCCCCAUCCCAAAACCGAGUAGGACCUAAAGGAGAUCCUGGGCUUCCAGGAUCCCCUGGGAUUAAAGGAGAGCCAGGACUGACUGGUGUCCAAGGACCACCAGGUCAGCCAGGCCGUCCAGGAAUUGGAAGUCAAGGCCCACCAGGGCCCCCUGGUUUUCAGGGAGAGAGAGGACAGAAGGGAGAUCAAGGAUCACCUGGAGCUUCUCUUCCUGGUGCGCCCGGUAGAACUGGACCACCAGGUUUGCAAGGACCUCCGGGACUUCCAGGACCACCAGGAAUAUCCAACGGUGUUGAAAACUGCAUCCCAGGUCCGGCUGGUCUUCCAGGUCUGAAUGGUGAACCUGGUUUCCCAGGAGAGAGUGGCCAGAAGGGUGAAAAGGGGGACACAUGUGUGAAUUGUUUCUUAAGUGGCAACCUCAUUCCAGGACCACAGGGUCCACCUGGGCCCACAGGAUCCCCAGGCAGUCCUGGGCUCCCUGGUUUUAAAGGAGAAAGAGGAACCCCAGGCAAUCCUGGUCUUUUGGGGCCACCAGGCCAAGAAGGACCACAAGGUUUACCUGGACUACCUGGUGAGAAGGGUGACCCAGGUGAUGCAGUUGCCUAUGAUGGUAUGAAGGGAGACAAGGGAGACACUGGAUUCCCUGGCCCUCCAGGUCUGCCUGGCCGGGAUGGACCACCUGGUCGAAAUGGACCUUCUGGGCCGCCUGGUCCCAAAGGCACACCUGGUUCUCUACUGGUUAAAGGUGAACGUGGGCCUCCUGGAGAUUCUGGUCCCCAAGGUCCUCCUGGGGACAGGGGCAUUCCUGGUGCACCUGGAUUUGGAAUACAGGGACCUACUGGAGAGAAAGGAUUUCAGGGUGUUUCAGGAAGGCAAGGACCUCCUGGACCUCCAGGUCAAAAAGGUGAUCCAGGUCAGACUGUCUCUGAGAAGGGGGCACCUGGACCAAGAGGACGUGAUGGAGACCCUGGUUUACCAGGAAAUCCAGGUAACCCCGGUGAACCUGGCACCCCAGGUUUCCCAGGAUUACCUGGCCAAAAAGGAGAACCAGGUCAUCCCGGUAUAGGCUUGCAAGGUCCACCAGGACCUAAAGGAUUCCCAGGUAUUUCAGGAAGUCCUGGUGGCCCUGGCAGGCCUGGACCCCCUGGUGUAGAUGGAUUGCCAGGUGCACCUGGACUCCGUGGACCUAAGGGUGAACCUGGUUAUGGUAUCCCUGGCCCUCAGGGGUCCCCAGGAUUGCCUGGCAGUAAGGGUUUUCCUGGUCCUAAAGGUGAUUCUGGAUUCCCUGGAAAUCCAGGUGCACCUGGCCGACCUGGUAUUGAUGGUCCCCCUGGCUAUAAAGGUGACUCUGGUACUCCUGGUCCUCCGGGUCCACCUGGCCUUCAAGGCCUCCCUGGUUUUGGUGCACCCGGCCAACCUGGACCAGCAGGCCCUAUAGGACCUAUGGGUAAUCCUGGUUCUCCUGGUUUUAAUGGUGAGAAAGGAGACCCUGGUCCCCCUGGACUAGAUAUUCCAGGUUUACCUGGUGACUCGGGUAGCCCUGGAUUGCCUGGACCACCUGGUCCUCCUGGCCCUCCUGGGAACCCGGGUAACCCUGGCCAAGAUGGACUGCAUGGAUUCCCUGGGCAAAAGGGAGACAUGGGAGUAAUGGGUGCUCCAGGACCUGCUGGUAAUCCUGGCAGCCCUGGUGUUCCAGGAUUUCCUGGGCCAAAAGGUGAUCAAGGCCAACCAGGACUUCCAGGAAAUCAAGGUGUGAACGGAGCAAAAGGAAAUAAAGGUGAACCAGGUCUAAGAGGCCCAGCUGGUAUCAGCAUUCCUGGUAAUGAACUGAAAGGAGUGAAGGGAGAACAAGGACCUCAAGGACCUAGUGGACCUGCUGGAACAAAGGGUAUUGCUGGUCUUCAAGGAGAUCCAGGUCAACCCGGACAAGAUGGACGUCCUGGACCACCCGGACCCCCAGGUCACAAAGGAGAUCCUGGAAUUCCAGGGAUACCAGGACCUUCCGGUAGUUCAGGACAGAAAGGCAGCAUGGGCGAGAUGGGAUUUCCUGGCCCUACUGGAGUUAAAGGAAGCCCAGGACAAGCUGGACAUCCUGGACAGCCUGGAUCUCCAGGAGCACCAGGAUUCCCAGGACCAAAAGGAGACCCUGGAACGCCAGGAUUUGGUCAACCAGGAACUCCAGGACCCAAGGGUGAACCUGGCUCUCCUGGUGCCCCUGGAAUCACAGGGCCAAAAGGUCAACAGGGACUUCCAGGAAGCCCAGGGUCACCUGGGAAUCCUGGACCAAAGGGUGAUCCUGGCCUCCCAGGAUUUAAAGGUGCACAUGGUGCUCCUGGUCCUAAGGGUCUGGAUGGAGUCCCAGGUGCCCCUGGUCUAGCAGGAGCACCUGGGGGGCAAGGACCUAGUGGUUCUCCUGGUUUUCCAGGUGUACCUGGAGACAAGGGUCAAGCUGGUCGUGAUGGUAUUCCAGGAAAGGCAGGAUUGAAAGGAGAGCCAGGUAUACCAGGUUAUGGGCUCCCAGGUCCUCCAGGCAUUCCUGGGAUGCCAGGUCCCAAAGGAGACCCCGGCCCUUCUGGCCAGCCUGGCAGCCCUGGUUACCCUGGACCAAAGGGUGACAUUGGAAGUCCUGGUUUAACAGGCAACCCUGGUCGUCAAGGACCCCCUGGUCCUAUUGGUCAGUCCAUUCAAGGGCCUAAAGGAAUCCAGGGUCCUCCUGGACCACCAGGAAGAGGAGGCUCUGAAGGUUCUCCAGGUCCUCCUGGCCCAGAGGGGCCCCGUGGACUACCAGGUUCUGGAGGAGUGAAGGGUGAGAAAGGCUACCCUGGAAAUCCUGGAUCAAAUGGUUUACCUGGACAAAAGGGAGAUGCUGGACUACAGGGUUUAAUGGGCCCUCCUGGACCUCCUGGAAUUGUCGGACCUAAAGGAGACAUCGGACUUCCAGGUGUUACAGGAUUACCAGGACAUAAAGGCCAAACUGGAAAUUCUGGUGGCCCUGGACAGCGUGGUGAUCCUGGUGACCCUGGUUCUCCAGGUCCUCCUGGUGAGCCAGGUCAAGCGCCAAGUCCAAUUGUGGUAAAGGGUGCGCAGGGGCCUCCUGGUCCUCCAGGCCCUCCAGGAUCCCGAGGCCUACCAGGAGAGGCAGGACAGAAUGGACUUCCAGGUCCGUCUGGUAGUCCUGGCGACCCAGGUCUUGAAGGACCUCCAGGAUUUAUUGGUCCACCUGGAAGAAAAGGAGAUCUAGGACCGUCCGGGCAGCCGGGUCAGCGAGGUUUACCUGGCCCUCCUGGUCCAGAAGGACUUCCAGGACUUCAAGGUCCUGUAGGUCUGUCAGCAGUGGCUCAUGGCUUCCUGGUUACACGACAUAGUCAGACUACAGAUGUACCUACAUGCCCAUUAGGAACCAAUCUUAUCUACGAAGGCUAUUCUCUGCUUUACGUGCAGGGAAAUGAGAGGGCACACGGCCAGGACCUGGGUACGGCUGGAAGUUGCUUACGUCGUUUCAGCACAAUGCCUUUCAUGUUCUGUAACAUCAACAACGUGUGUAACUUUGCUUCCCGGAAUGACUACUCCUAUUGGUUGUCUACUCCUGAACCCAUGCCCAUGAGCAUGGCUCCUAUCCAGGGAGAAAGCAUUAAACCCUUCAUUAGCAGAUGUGCUGUAUGUGAAGCCCCAGCCAUGGUGAUAGCAGUGCACAGCCAGACCAUUCAACUGCCUUCAUGUCCACGGAACUGGGAUCCGCUGUGGAUUGGCUAUUCCUUCAUGAUGCACACUAGUGCAGGUGCAGAGGGCUCUGGUCAGGCUCUGGCUUCGCCUGGUUCCUGUCUAGAGGAGUUUCGUUCAUCUCCCUUCAUUGAGUGCCAUGGGCGCGGAACCUGCAACUACUACGGCAACUCCUAUAGCUUCUGGCUUGCCACCAUCGAACAGUCUGAAAUGUUCAGGAAGCCACAGUCUGAGACUCUGAAAGCAGGAAAUCUCCAGACACGUGUGAGCCGCUGCAUUGUGUGUAUGAAGAGGACGUAACAUAGCAAUGCUGACUCUAGCACGACCCCUUUAUCAGGGGCGAUCACCACAGCGACUGCAACAGUUACUUCGAGAACAAGUGGAAUUCUAGUGGUGUAUCAUCUUCAAAGUUCAACUCUAUGGUGCUACUGUGCAACACAGCAAAAACAAAAACUGAAAACAUUACAAGUCUUUAUCUUUUUUUGGGUUUUUUUUGUUUUUUGUUUUAAAGAAGUACCUCAUACGGAGACAGAAAAAUCAACCAUGGUGCCAUGAUGGAUAAAUUAUCAACAAAAGUGCAUUUUUUCCCCUCCUUUUUUUUGUUUUGUUUAAAAGAUUUUUUUCUCAUAGAAUUGUUGGUGGUAUGCAAGUAACACAUUGUUUGAGAGAAGUCCUUUGCAAAGUACUGAAAUUCUCUCUAUGUUACCAAAUCGGCACUUUGAACAUCAAUGAGAAAAAUGCACUGAAUAGUUACAUUAGUGAGACUGCUUUAUUAUUUUUUUUAAUGCUUUCAUUUUUUUUUUCAUCACUCCUUUUUCUCCCACUUCUUGGUGGUACUAACACUGCUGUAUCCAAGAAUCAAUAACUACAGACUAUUUUUUGUGUUUGUUUUGUACGUAAUAAAAUGUGUAUAUUGUGUAAAACACCUUUUUAGUCUAAAACCUUAAGCGGUACUUUAUAUAGUAAUGAUUUUUUAUUUUUUUCAAAAUCUUUGGCACGUGUUUAUUCAUUCAUUCACUCACACCAACAAUCACUCGUUCACAGUUUAUCUAGCUUUUAUGCUUAUGCAAUAUUUGUACAAAGUAAAUCUGCUUUUAAUGAGACAGUAUUUUAUAUAAAUAAGGAUAUAAAGAUAUAUAUUUACACCUAAACUUGAAUUAGCCGUGUAUUUUAUCACAGUUUAAUUUCCUCCUCAUCCAGUGCAUUUACAAACUACUGAAUAAGAGUGGAUUUUUAGAAUCACCCCUUCACACACACUAAAAAGGUAUCGUAUCACAUAUCAAUGAUCGUUCAUUCGCUCAGCACCUGCAACUAUUUUAUGAAAGUAAUUGCAAUUAAUUCGCAAUGAAUCUAAGACCCAUCUUAGGGACCACUAGGUGCCAAGCAGGAUUACACCCUGGAUGUGUCUUUAUCUUCCUUUUGCGUUUCCUGUGGUCAGUACUGAUCUUUUAUCAUUUCGUUAAAUUACUACGAUCAGAAUAUUAGUAUUUCUUAUCUGCUUAUACUACAAUGUGGUAUACAUUACGUAACAAAAUAGCAUUCAAGAGCCAUUGAUUUUUCUGUUAAAUUGAACUCAUCAUGAGGUGCAAGAAUGUGUAUUUUCUUUUUGUUAUUUGGAAAUAAAUAAGACUGAAAUAAAGAAAAUCUAUGUUCACAGA